CCCAACACGUAAAAAAAAUAUCUCCAGCCCAGCCCAUCUUAUACUCUCAUCUUCUUCUCCCUCUAGAACAUGCAUUAUCUCCGUCGAUGCUUUCCUGUGUUUCUUCUUCCGUAUACUAUGUCUCAUAUUUUUAUCUCUUCCAACAAAAUUUAAUCUUCUUUGCCUUAGAUAUCGAUGGAGUUGACCUCUUUUUUAUAUUACUCCUUCGUUUUGGGUGGUUGUUUUUGUAUGGAUCUAUUUCUCCUUGUUCCUAAUUUUUUGGUAUUUUUCGUAUUUGUUUGGGUUAUUCUUAGAUGUCCCGUAUAAUCUAUUUCAUCUUAUUUACGUGUUUUUGAUCGGCGGUCUCCGAUGAUAGACCAAUUUUAUAGAUAUAAGGAUUUUUAGUUUCAUAUAUUAAAAUUUUGCAUAAAUAGUUAUAGAUAUGCAACGCUCAAUUUUCAGUUUUGUUUUUUAUUGAUGAUUUUGUGGAAUUUGGGGUUCUUACAUUUCCUCUAUGUUUUUUAUUAGAUCUGUCUAGGAAGAUGUUCUCUUCCUCGAUCGGAUUCAGAAAGGGUGUUAACAAAGGGAGUUUAUAUAUUUAUUUUAUUAUAUUUGUUAAUCUAAAUCUGGCUACCAUUAAAUUUAACAUACUGGGAUUUUUUUGUUGGGUCAUAAAAUUUCUAUUUGUAUCUCUGUAAAUUUAAUAACCUGAUUUUUUUCAAUUUCUAUAUACCCUACUGCUUUGAUAUCUAUCCAUUUCAACUUAAUCUGAAAAAAACCAUUUAGUUUCUAAAUAUUUCUAAAUAUUCUCUGAUUUUUCAAUUAUUAUUGUUGUUACCAGAUACAAUCUUUAUACAUCAAAACUUGGAAUGUAAUAUAUAUUUUUUAAAAAAUAUGUUUAAGUAUUAUUUGUUUUGCCUGGUUUUUGUGUAUUCUGAUCUCAAUGGUUAAAAGUUAGAUAAUCUACCAUAAAGAUAAUACUUUUAUUUCUUACAGGAGGAAUUUUAUUUAAAUGAAGUGAAGUACAUCAUGUUUGUUCUUUUGUUAAGAAACUGCUUGAGAUGCAAAAAUCUAUAAUGCAAUGAGGUUAGGGCAAAUCUUAGCCUCUAUAGCAUUUUGAAAUGGGCAGGAUCCUGAAAUUAAAUUUUGCAAAGGAAAUAUUAGGUGAUUGUGGAUCACCCAUGCACGUAAAUCUGAAGUUUCAAAGUGGGGUAGUGGCAGUUCAUUCCUGAAAUGAAAUUGGGGCAGUGGCAGUUCAUUUAUCAGUACAUUUGUGGACUACUUGGCUUGAUUUUAUACAGAAUAAAAGAUGUCAUGUACUGAAUUUUACAUUCUCAGUUUCUUUUUUUUGUCCACAAGUGAUUGUAAAUUGUAGUAUUCUAAGAUUUUAUAUGUAAUUGCCACGUGUACCAAGUGAAUCAUGGCCUUUGGAUGACGGAUUCUGGUGGGAAAAUUGGGAAUUGCAAUUGCAUGGAAUUUCUCAUGGGCUUUUAUAUAUAUAGUAGAUUCCACGUUGAAUUGAGUCUUGUUCCUUUUUAUGCAAAAAAAAGAGGUCAUGUGCGUACUGUAAACGGAGUUGUACAUUUUUCUUUUUGUAAUGCUGCACAGUCCUAUCUUACUGUGUUUCCGUAUAAGAGGAAUGGAAACUUUAUUAUUGUCAGAUCAAGAGAAAUGGAUUCACUCAUCAUCUUCUCAUUUGCUGUGUUUCUGUUCAUUCAAGCACAGUCAAUCUCUGCAAACAAAUCAACAUACAUCGUUCACUUUGACAGGUCGUUCAUGCCGGAGUCUUUUCCCACACAGGGACAAUGGUACUCCUCCAUUGUCCACUCCGUCAAACUGGAAACCUCUUCAACAUCAUCAUCAUCAACUGAACCAGCUGUCAAUAACCCAACCAGACUCUUGUACACUUACGAGCACUCCUUCCAUGGCUUCAGUGUAGUGUUGUCCGAGGAUGAGCUGGAAGCUCUAGAGAACACUCCCGGGUUUGUCUCGGCUUACCGAGACAAAACUGCCACUCUGGACACCACCCACACCUUCGAGUUUCUAUCUCUCAAUCAGGACACUGGAAUAUGGCCCGCUUCUAGCUAUGGAGAUGGCGUCAUCGUGGGUGUUGUCGACACUGGUGUCUGGCCGGAGAGCAAAAGCUUCAAGGAUGACGGGAUGACCGAGGUUCCCCACAGGUGGGGAGGGAUAUGUGAGGAAGGAGAACAGUUUGAUGCCUCCAUGUGUAACAAAAAACUCGUCGGGGUUAGGUACUUCAACAAGGGAGUUUCAGCUGCAAAUCCAAACAUUACCAUUGCCAUGAAUUCUGGAAGAGAUUUUAUGGGCCAUGGCACGCAUGCCUCGUCAACGGUUGCUGGAAACUAUGUCGAGGAUGUUUCUUUCUUUGGAUAUGCGCAAGGGGCUGCAACAGGGAUAGCGCCAAAAGCUCGGGUUGCUAUGUAUAAGGUGGGUUGGGUUGAAGGGAUGUGCUCCUCUGAUGUCCUUGCAGGUAUAGACCGGGCCGUUGCCGAUGGGGUUGAUGUGAUUUCAAUUUCGAUUGGAUUUGAUUCGGUUCAUUUGUUUGAAGACCCGAUCGCGAUUGCUUCUUUCGGUGCUAUGGAGAAGGGCAUUCUUGUGUCUACAUCCGCUGGAAAUUCCGGCAUUGUCCCCGGAAAACUACACAACGGAAUCCCGUGGGUCCUAACAUCCGCAGCGGGCUCCACAGACCGUUGGCUAGCAGGGAAUUUGUCUCUGGGAAACGGAGAGGAAAUCACGGGAUGGGCGAUGUGCCUUGGAGGAGAAAAGAACACAAUUCUUGAAAGACUGCCUCUCAUAUACAAUGAUGCAAUAUCUGCCUGCAAUUCCUCCCAGCAGCUUCUCUCCCAUUCUUUAACCAAUGGAAACAUUGUUUGCGACCACACUGACCAAUUGUAUGAUCAAAUGAACAACGCUUCCCGGAGUGGGUUUUCAGGUGGCAUCUUCGUCUCAGAUGAUCCGGCUUUAUUUGAGAGGGCAAACCUGUGCUCAUUCCCUGGAGUUGUGAUAAGCCAGGAAGAUUCCUACAGGGUUAUCAACUAUGCCCGGAAUGGUAGUCCCAACCCAUCCGUUAGCAUCACAUUUCAGCAAACUUUAUUAGGGAGGAAUCCUGCGCCGGUUGUCGCAUCCUACACAUCAGGAGGCCCCGCCCCGAGUUCCCCGUGGGUCUUGAAGCCGGACAUCUUGGCUCCAGGUUCUUUGAUCUUAGCUUCCUGGAUUCCUGGAACCGAACCGUCAAGUUCUUUCAAUAUGGUGUCCGGUACGUCGAUGGCUUGCCCCCAUUCUUCUGCCAUUGCUGCACUCCUCAAAGGGGCACAUCCAGAAUGGAGUCCAGCUGCAAUACGGUCAGCCAUGGUCACCACAGCCGUCCCAUAUGAUAACACAAAUGGCGCGAUUAAAGACUCCGGUCUGAACUACACGGCUGCCACACCUCUGGCAAUGGGAGGGGGACUGGUUAACCCAAACGCCGCACUUGAUCCUGGCCUUAUAUAUGAUGCCACUCCUCAGGACUACAUCAAUCUUUUGUGUUCCAUGAAUUUCACCCAAACACAGAUUAUGAGCAUCACCAGAGCAAACAACUACGAAUGUGGAAACACAUCAUCUCUUGUCGAUCUCAACUACCCGUCCUUCAUUCUGCUGUACACGGGCAAUGAAUCGACUGUGGCAGCGAACCAGACAUUCAAGAGGACCGUUACUUACGUCGGAGAUGGCCCCGCAACGUAUGGGAUUGACCAUGUUGUGUUACCUGCGGAUUCAGAGAUUUCGGUCAAUCCUAAAAGUUUAUCGUUCCAAACGAAGUACGAGACACAGAGGUACUCGCUGGUUGUAAGCUAUAGGGGUAACAGAAGCAGCGAAACUGCAUUCGGAUCAAUUGCUUGGGUUGAUGAGAGUGGUGAUCACAUAGUUAGAAGCCCAAUUGUAAUAUCAUCUAUGAUCCACAUCUGGUGAAUAUUUACAUCAAUUAUCAGAAGACAAGACAGUGCCAUUUCUGGGUAAACUUAGCUUGUUUAUACUUAUGGCAAAGCUAUAUUUGGUUUUACAACAGUUCUCUCCCCUUGAGAGCUUCAAGCGAUCAAGGAUUCUCCUGG